AUGGGGGAAGCAGUGGCAAACAACCAACAUGAAGCCUCGUCCGCCAAGGAUGAGGCCGUGGCGAUGGUGGGCGAAGUGCAGCAUACAAUCGAUCCUGUUGUCCUCGCAAGAGCAAUCAGGAAGAUUGACUGGUUCCUGAUGCCGGCAAUGAUAUGCGGAUAUGGCCUCGUCUACUACGACAAAGCCAUCCUGGGCUCAGCCGCCCUCUUCGGCAUGACAACCGACCUCCAUCUCAGCGUCGUCGACAGCUCAACCGUCCCUCCAACCGUCGACACGCGCCGCCUCAGCUGGGCCACGUCGCUCUUCUACUUCGGCAUGCUGGGCGGCCUGUACCCCAUGACCUUUGCCCUGCAGCGCUUCGACAUCGGCCGCAUCCUCGGCGCCGUCGUGAUCCUCUGGGCGACCAUCUGCAUGCUGACGGCGGCCGUCACCUCCUGGCAGGGCCUGUACGUGCAGCGCUUCUUCCUCGGCUUCGUCGAGAGCAUCAUCCCCACGGGCUUCAUGUGCAUCGUGUCCAGCUACUACACGCAGUCGGAGCAGUCGCUGCGCCAGAGCUGGUGGUUCAGCAGCACGGGCUUGUUCACCAUCAUCGGCGGCGCCCUCAACUACGGCUUCGCCCAGAUCACGGGAGGCGGGCUCAAGCGCUGGCAGUACAUCUACCUGCUCGCCGGAUCCCUGACGUUCCUCUUUGGCCUCUUUUGCUUUGCCCUGCCCAACUCGCCCGUGUCGGCCUGGUUCCUGACCAAGGAGGAGCGGUUUGCGGCCGUGGAAAGGCUCCGCCACGGACAGACUGGCGUGCGGUGCACCAAGCUCAAGGCCUCUCAGCUCAAGGAGGCCGUGCUGGACGUCAAAGUCUGGCUGAUCUUCCUGAUGAUGGCCUCUGCGUACACGGUCAACGGCGCGGUCAGCGGCUUCGGCCCCCUCAUCGUGUCGACCUUUGGCUGGGACAGCCUCCACUCGAUCCUCUUCCAGUUCCCCCUCGGCGGCCUCUGCUUCAUCGUCAUCCUGGCCACCGGCUACAUCGGCUCCAAGGUGAACAACGUCCGCAUCAUCAUGCUCGUCCUCACCUGUCUGCCCGUCAUCGCCGGCUGCGCCAUCAUCUGGAAGAGCACCUGGAGCUUCCACGCCGCCGCCCCCGUCGUUGGCUACUCCAUCACGGGCUUCUUUGGCGGCACCGUCAGUCUCAUCAUAACCGUAGGGAUGUCGAAUGUGGCGGGCCACACGAAGAAGAGCUUCAUGGCGGCGACAAUCUUCGUUGCCUACUGCGUUGGAAACAUUGUUGGCCCUCAGCUGGUUUGGUCACAGACGAAGAACCGACACUAUCCCGCCUUGUGGCUGGGCCUCAUCAUAUGCUACAUCAUUUGCAUUCUUUCAUCCAUCACGCUAUACUUUGUCCUCCGAGCCGAGAACAAGAAGAAGAUGGCCUUGCCGGAAGACGAGGCUGAGCGAUCAAAGCUUGCCUUCCAGGAUCUCACAGACAAAGAAAACCCCUACUUUCGUUACGUUUACUAA